GACCGCGGUCCCUGGGCCCGUGUUGGUGGAGUGAUCGAUCCGGACAGACGCAGACACGGCGGCUCACCCCAAAAUGGCCGAGAGCCUGCACAGCAGCACGCUGUCGGCGUCGGGCGGAGGGAGCCCGCACAUGUCCACCUUCCUGACGCUGGAGCAGCGGGCGGCCUUCGUCUUCGUCCUUCUCCUCUUCAUCUUCCUCGGACUGCUGAUCGUGCGCUGCUUCCGCAUCCUGCUGGACCCCUACAGCAGCAUGCCCUCCUCCACCUGGACGGACUACAUGGAGAAGGACACGUUUGACUACCGCAUCGUCUGACCUCUGGCCUCGCUGCAGCACCCCGGCGCAGCGCAGCUGGGCUUUAGCGAGGAGACAGCUGGCUGUUGACUUGAACUGGUCACACUGGGGACCCAUGGGCCCAGAAACGCAGGAGGAUAAUGUCCCCAUCAUCCACCACCUUCACACACCCUUAACCUAAACCUCGACAGGAGGAUAAUGUCCCCAUCAUCCACCACCUUCACACACCCUUAACCUAAACCUCGACACAGGAGGAUAAUGUCCCCAUCAUCCACCACCUUCACACACCCUUAACCUAAACCUCGACACAGGAGGAUAAUGUCCCCAUCAUCCACCACCUUCACACACCCUUAACACACACCUCGACACAGGAGGAUAAUGUCCCCAUCAUCCACCACCU